GGGUCGGGCGUAAAAGUCGCCAGGUUUUGGAUGCGCAGUUCGGCCUUCUUUCAUGCUUGUUUCAUGUCAAGAUUGUAUUCGGAAGAUCGAAAAUUUGGGUACAUCGCUGCAAACAAAUUUCAUCGCGGAAACUAGUGCUGCAGUGCGAGCUUAUUUCGACAAAGGGUUUUUGUUCGAAGCAAAGUUCCUAUCUCAGGUACAAAUGCCGAAUACUCAGGAAACUCGGGCCAGUGCUCCGGAAGAGCCUAAGGAAAAUAAGGAAGUGAAGGGAAAAAGUGUCAGUGAAAAUGAAGUUGCCGAUGCUAAGCAGCCUGGAAUCCGGGAAAUAAGGGUUAUGUCAGCUAGAGCAUACCAGGCGAAGUUGAAGAGUAUUUGCUCAGCAAAAACGAACGGUUCCGGGAUAGACAUCUGAAAUGAAGGAAGAAAAUCUUCAGGUGGAGCUACAGAUUGAUUAGAUGCUGACGUGUCUAAGGAUAGUGCUGCAGGAACCUGUAUGUGUGAACAGUACUCAGACUUUGUGGUUGACAUUUAAAUUCACAUAGACGGGGAUACUGCUGCAGACGGCACGAUAACUCUAGAACGGCAUUUGAAAUUUGCAAAGAUCGUAUUGCUCUAAAACAGUACUUUCAAAGCCGACUUCAACCCUAAUUUCAGACUUAAAGAUUGGUUGAUGAUA